AUGGCAUCAUCAGGUGUUGUAGUGUGUGGUGUAUGUGAGUCUCAGUACUCAACUACAACUGCAGAGUUCUGGUGUCCUGAAUGCGACGAAGGGUUGUGCUCCAAAUGUCUUAAUUUUCACAAUGCAUCAAAGGCUCUCCGUAACCAUGGAGUCAUACCUAUACAUAACUAUAAACAAUUGCCUCCAUCGAUCGCCAAUAUUUCACAGUUUUGUUCGGAACAUAACAGAAAAUUCCAGAACUAUUGUUUGCAACAUGAAAGUCUAUGUUGUCCACUGUGCAUCCAAUUCAACCAUGCUAAAUGUAUGGGGAUAUCAUCACUGGAAAAAGUCAUCGAAACUGCAAAGUCUUCCGUCUUAUUGGAAAGUCUUGAUCUUAAUUUGAAAGAUAUCAAAAUAAAUGUCGAGAGAGUCGUAAAAGAUAGAAAACAAAAUAUUGCUGAAAUCCAAGUACAAAGACAGAAGUUUUACGACGAAAUAAAACAAGUUCGAAUUAAAAUAAACGAACACCUUGACAUCUUAGAACAACGAACGCAUAAUGAUCUAUUAGCUGCCGAAAAGACAAUUAAAUCCCAGAUUGAAGACGUACUGGAAAAAGUUGCUAAAAAUACAGAAAAGGUGGAUCUACUGCAAAGUGAUAUGCAAGCUAUCAAGAUAUAUGCUUCGGACUUACAAGCUUUUCUUGGGAGUAAAAUGAUUGAGAAAGAAAUUAAGACACAUGAAAAAUUUAUGCAAUCUUUAUUUGAAGAUGCAAGUAUGAAGAAAAUUGACAUAAACUGUAAAAUUAAUGACACAAUUUCAAAUGUAUUGUCUUCAGAUACUACAAUAGGAUUCGUAUCAGUCCAAUCAAACCCUCCUUUGGUUGUAAUGCAGACAGGGAAAGAAAAGCAAGUACAGACAAUGUCUGUUCAGUCUGCUCCACCGUCAGCUUUCAACGCCAUUAAACUGAGAUUACAAACAAAUAUUGAAUAUACAGGAGUCACAGGAUGUUCCGUUUCGUGUACUGGAGACAUCAUUGCUCUAAACAUAUAUGACAGCCGUGUACUGAUUUUAAACGAAGGUGGAAUCUGGGAGAAGGACAUACCCCUGACAACUAGAAAUCCAUUUGAUGUUACUUCUAUCGAUCACAAGAGAGUCGCUGUCUCAUUUCCUAGGGUUUUACAAAUACAAAUCAUAAACAUUGCAACUACAAAUGUUGAACGCACAAUAGAUGUGCACAGCUAUUGUUACGGUUUAACUUAUAGAGAUGGCAAGUUGACGUAUUGUGGUACUGGUAAAGGUAUUCAGAGUGUAAAGUUGUCAGGUAAUUCCCCUUCUACUUUGGUUGAAGACAUUACCCUGUCAGACAAUAGUUAUGUGGCAACAUCCGAAGACAAAUUAUACUAUACCAAUAGCUUACAACACACAGUUACAUGCUGCUCGUUGACUGGAGAGAAGAUGUGGGAAUACAAAGAUCAAUCAGUAUGUUCUCGGUACAGUAUAGCUGUAGAUAAAGACUCAAACGUGUAUAUUGCUUCGUCUGAUAACCAUAGUAUAUUUGUAUUGUCGUCAGAUGGUAAACAUGUAAGAAAGUUGCUUGGGAAAGAUGACGGAAUUAAUCAUCCUCACGGACUAGCAUUUGAUGUUAACAAAGGCAAAUUGAUAGUUAUGAUGCACUCUGAAUCUGCAGUGUACGAGCUAUAUUAA